AUGAGCGAAAAGAUUUGCCUCAAAGAGUUCUUGUUCUGCUUGGUGGUCAAAGAUGAAAUUUUUGUUGAUAGAGGACAAAAUUUUAUGCUUCGUACUCUUGCACCGGAAAAAUUUCCUGAUUUUAUUAUUGCUCAAGUAAUCCUGCAAACAGUUACAGGGUGGGAAUCAUGGCUACCAUGGUUUAAUCAUUGUUGUGCAAAGGCGUUUUUACCAACUGAUUAUCAACAAAUAAUGCUAACAGCUCCAUUCUUGACUGGAUCAUUACGUAAAGUAGAUGGCGGUGUUGAGUACGGUCAGGUAUUGCUUAUGGGACUUGGAGCACGUUCAAUUGCCAAUUAUAUUCAUUAUCGUUUUUUUCGAGUGGAAGUCGAUGAGCUCAUUACUGUUGAAAAGGAUGAUUAUCUGAAUAAAGUAUGGUUAGGAAAUCCAACUUGGAAUCAUGUCACUAUUUCCGAUUUGCGUUAG